AUGGAUGGGUUUCUUGAAGGAACACAAUGUCAGAGGAAUAUUUCCCAAGUUGUGACAUCACAGGCAUUCUUCAAUACAGUAUUUGUCCUUACUACCUCUAUUGGAAAUCCAUUGCAUGAAUCAACUAUCUUUUCUGUAAAUAAGUUUGCACAAAUUACUACCCUACAGCAAAUCCUCCUUGAUACAACUCAAGAAACCUCUGAGAUUGGCUGGACCACCUAUCCAGAGGGAGGGUGGGAUGAAGUCAGUGUUUUAGAUGGCCAACGACGUCUCCUGCGCACAUAUGAAGUGUGUAAUUCAUAUGCCCAACUCUCCAACAGAAGUAAUUGGCUGCGCACUGGAUUUAUUGAAGGACGAGGAGCUCGGCGGGUAUACACAAAGUUACGCUUUUCUGUAAGAGAUUGUGCUAGUCUACGUCCACCACCAAAAAGGCAUCAUCUGUCUUGUAAAGAAACUUUUACACUUUAUUACCACCAAACACAAAAACUAAUGGAAGUUGAGGAAUGGGAAUGGACAGAAGAGUUAUGGGUGAAGGUGGAUACUAUUGGACCAGGGAAGAGUUUUACAAGAGAUCCUGGUAAAGGAGGGCAAGGCCCACGGAUGGAUGAGAGAAUUUUAGACUUUGGGCCUGUGAACACUAAUGGGUUUUAUUUGGCUUUUGUAGACACAGGAGCUUGUCUAUCAUUAGCUGGUGUGAAAGUUUAUUUCCAUAAGUGUCCGGCCACUGUAAGGGGUUUGGCAUUAUUUCCCGAGACACCUUCCAGUGGAGAAGGUGGUGCUUCAUUGGCUGAAGCCAUUGGAAAUUGUGUUCCAGGAGCCCAACAGCUAGGGAAAACUCGCCUUACACUGCACUGUGGAGGGGAAGGAGAAUGGAUGGUCUCCAGUGGGAACUGUAUCUGCAACCCUGGAAGGGAGGAGAGUGAAGAUGGCACUGAGUGCAGAGCCUGUCCUCGAGGUACCUACCAUUCUCCAGCCCUCCCAGCCUUGCACUGUCGCCCCUGCCCAAGUAACAGCAACACGACAACCACUGGUGCACAAAGCUGCACAUGCAACAAGGGCUUUUACCGCACACCUGAGGAUCUCCCAGAAUCCCCUUGCACUGGUCCUCCCUCAGCCCCAAGGGAUUUAAAUUACGAAGUGACCGGUCCUGGCGCGGUCUCCCUCACGUGGAGGACCCCUAAAGACAUGGGAGGCCGAUCUGAAGUCAUUUAUUCUGUGGCAUGUAAGGAGUGUAUGACAGGGCGUUGUCUGCGGUGUGGAGAUGGAGUGACAUUCAGGCCUGGCCAAGUUGGAAUUUUACAAACCAAGGUUCACAUAUCAGGACUUCUGCCAGGUGUGGCGUAUACAUUAGAGAUUCAGGCGGUCAACCAAGUGUCAGAACUGAGCCUCGAGCAUCCCAAGUAUGCAUCACUGAACCUUAGCAUCAGCCAAUCCGUCCCCUCUGCAGUUCCCAUCAUACACCAGGUCAGCCGGUCAAUGCAGAGCAUCACCCUCUCUUGGCCAGAACCCGAACAGCCCAAUGGGAAGAUCCUUGAUUAUCAACUGCGAUAUCGAGAAAAGGCAGAUGAGGGAGAGUCUCUGUCUCUGAUCAGUGAAACCAACACAGCUACAGUCGGUGGUCUGAACCCGGGAGCCAUUUAUUCCUUCCAGGUGAGGGCAAGAACAGAGGCUGGCUAUGGGCCGUACGGCGGCAGUAUGUACUUUCAGACGGUGCACGGAGGUGAGCCGCGCACAGACAUAUCUCAGGAUAGACUGCCUCUGAUUGUAGGAUCCUGCCUUGGCGCUUUAGCCUUUGUCGGAAUCUCCAUCAUUCUCAUCUUGAUUCUCCUUUUCAAGAGUAAAAGAAGAGAAACGCCAUACACAGACAGACUGCAGCACUACAUCAGUUCUAGAGGUUUAGGGGUAAGGUAUUAUAUUGACCCAUCCACAUAUGAAGACGCCGCUGAGGCUGUUCGCGAGUUUGCUCGUGAGAUUGAUGUGUCGUUUGUGAAAAUUGAGGAGGUGAUUGGCACAGGUGAGUUUGGAGAGGUUUGCCGCGGCAGACUGUGCCCUCCUGGGAAACGAGAGUUAUGUGUGUGUAUCCGGACUUUGAGGUCCGGGAUAGGAGACAAGGAGAGAAGAGAAUUCCUGACUGAGGCGAGUAUCUUGGGACAAUUUGACCACCCAAAUGUUGUCCGUCUAGAAGGAGCUGUGACCCGAAGUCGUCCAAUUAUGAUUCUCACCGAACAUAUGGAAAAUGGAGCCUUAGACGCUUACCUUAGGCAAUGUGAGGGUGGUCUCUCAGGCCUACAGAUAGUUUCUAUGCUACGUGGAGUAGCAUCGGGUAUGCGCUACCUCUCAGAUCGAAAUUAUGUUCACCGCAGGCUGGCAGCUUGUAGGAUUCUUGUCAAUGGACAGUUGGUGUGCAAAGUUUCUGGGAUGCGUGGACCAGGAGAAGGAGGACGACAGUCCUUGAGAUGGAUGUCUCCUGAGGCUCAUCAACAGCGUAAAUUCUCUAGCGCAAGUGAUGUGUGGAGUUAUGGUAUUGUUAUGUGGGAGGUGACAUCGUACGGAGAGAGACCAUACUGGGAUAUGGGCAACCAGGAGGUUUUAGAUGCGCUUGAGCAAGAGUACCGUCUUCCGCCACCCCCAGACUGCCCCAGUGUCCUGCACCUACUGAUGCUAGAUUGUUGGCAACGGGAUCGCUCCCAGAGACCUCGCUUUGAGCAGAUUGUCAGCUCUCUGGACAGAAUGAUCAGAAACCCCAACUGUUUAAAAACAGUGGGUGUUUCUAGCAGUAGGUCAACCCAGCCACUUCUCAGUAACUGCCCCCCUGAUUUCCCUGCUCUCUCUACGCCGCAUGAAUGGCUGGAGGCCAUAAAGAUGGAAAGAUAUAAAGAGAACUUUGACAAAGCCGGAUAUACAAGCUUAGAAGUUAUCUCACGUCUAACUGCAGAAGACAUUCAGAUGAUGGGUGUCACACUCUCAGGUCACCAGAAGAAAAUGAUGAGCAAUAUCCAGCUCCUAAAGGCUCAUCUACAGCCGCUAGAGCCGGUGGAAGUGUGA